CCUCUAUCGUCCUACGUAAAGCUUUUCUUUUCUCCGUGUCAAGAGUUUUAGAACCGCUGGGUGUAAACGGCGGAGCUGAAGUUUCAGUCCACAAGUCUGGUCGACGGCCCUGUGAGGAGGUCUCUCUCUGCACCCCUCCCUGUAUUCAGUUUUCGGUUCAGGUGGACGCUCCGCAUCUCCACUGUCAGGAUGUCUCCGUCCACGUCCCCCAGGUUCUUCACGGAGAGGGAGGUGGCCUGCCACUGCACCAAGGACUCCUGCUGGGUGCUGCAGGGGACCAGGGUGUAUGACGUGACCGCCUUCCUGCGGAGGCAUCCGGGCGGCGAGGCGCUGAUUCUGCGCCGGGCGGGCAAGGACGUGAGCCAGGAGAUGGAGGGACCCCCACACCGGCACUCGGAGAACGCCCGCCGGUGGAUGGAGCAGUACUACAUCGGGGAGCUGGACAGGGACAGCGGCACCGACGAGGCACAGACUCUGAGAGAGAGGACAAGGGCCAGUGAAAAGACAGAAGGAAAGACAGCAGAGGAGACGACAGACAGGAAGGUGAAAGAGGAGGAUGAGAACUCCCCGUACAACCGCUGCAGCUCUGUGGACCUGGAUAAGGAUUUGGUGGACUGGGGGAAGCCCCUGGCGUGGCAGGUAGGCCACCUCGCAGAGAAAUACGAUGCCUGGGUUCACCAGCCCGUUGACAGACCAAUUAGACUGUUCGGAAACCCGUUCCUGGAGGCCAGCACCAAGACUUCCUGGUACUGGGUACCAGUGGUGUGGCUUCCUAUUGUGUUUUAUCUCAGUUGGUACUGCUACACCACCCUGGCCAAGGGCACCACAAGGAUAGUCAUCACUUCAGACUUCUCUGUCCCGAUCCAUAAAUACGUAUUCCCGCUGCUCUUUUUGAUGGGCUGGUUCUUGUGGUCGUUCAUCGAGUACUGCAUUCAUCGCUUUGUCUUUCACAUGAAACCGCCAGCCCAUAAUUACUACCUCAUCACGCUACACUUCCUCCUGCACGGACAGCACCACAAGUCUCCGUUUGACGGCUCUCGGCUGGUCUUCCCGCCCGGCCUGGCCUCCAUAGUGGUCGGAAGUUUCUAUGCAAUCCUCUACAACACGCUCCCAGAGAUCCUUGGGACAUCUGUGUUUGUCGGAGGACUGUGUGGCUACGUCGUGUACGAUAUGAUCCACUACUACCUUCACUACGGCUCGCCAAAGAGAGGCUCGUAUAUGUACAGCCUGAAGGCCUACCACGUCAAACACCACUUUGAACACCAGAGAGCAGGUUUUGGAAUCACCUCCACGUUCUGGGACCACCCCUUCAACACAGUCAUCCCUGAUGAGAAAUUCUAACGCAGAGGUGGCUCUCCUGAAGGGCCACGGGACUUGUCAGCCUCCUUCUUUAGUAACCAGGCCACUUGCCUUCGCCACCCUGACACCAUUAUUUCAGUCUCUGCAGCCAUAGCUUCCACAACCAAGGAGGAAGAUCCACUUCUGAAGACUCCUGGGCCACUGCAACUAAUCCAUCCUUGUACACGUAUCACCCUGCUUUUUCAUAUCAGCCAUCAACGCAUUAUUUUCUUCUGCUUCGUUAUCUGCGUGUGUGUGUGUGUGUGUCAGCCAGUUUGCACUACUUCCUCACUGCAGUGAUAUCUGCACAGUUGUAAGACCUGUCUGUGUCAUUUUUUAUAACUAAACCAAUACGCUUUCUCACUGCACUGACCUCAGGAGGUGGACCAUAGAGAGGAAGAGAGGGACACACAGACACACACACACAAACAGACAUAUAAUCCAAACUUGUUCAUUUGUGUCUUAUGUUUCAUUUUCAAGGUUUAUCUGUAGAAUACAGACCAUGUUCAAAAUCAUACCAAGAAACUAAAAAAAACAAAAAAAAAAAAACAAACUCAAAACACAAGCUGGUUUUCCUGGUUUCUAAACAUUUGCCAACAG